GUUCCAAGGGAAAUAAAACGCCACGUUCUGAAGGUUCCAUCGGCGCGUGAUCGUUUCGGAGCGACGUGUCGUAAGGUGAGGAGCUCGUUUAACACUGUACCGUCCCUCUUGGAACAUAUCGGAGACCGUCAACGCGAAAAGUCAUGAUUCCUUCUACGUGUGAGAAGAUCUUUUAAUUAACGUUGUCUUCGUCCUCGGGAAAUACCGGGAGCCAACAGUGGAGGAAGCUGAGGAUUCUUUCACGAGUGACUCCUUAGGACCAUUUCCCGCAGAGGCCACAUGAAGUGUCACGCGUGCCCAGGGAUCGCUGUCGCUACUUACAACCUGAAAUCUUCGAGUCAGCAAUCAGGAGCGACACAUUGAUGCACCAUCAGCGAUCGAUCCGCGGAGGAAGUGACGAGGCACCGACGACGCGCCGCCACGGAAAUCUCGAUAGACAACAUUCUCUUGGCAAAGUGACGCUCAAGGCGGUUACGGAUUUCUCGCUCCUCUCUAAGUUAAGGAAAUCCUCGGGAUGGAGCUAAGAACAGCGAAACUGUUGCUGUACUCGACGCUGGUAGUCGUGGUGUGCUGGAGCCAGGAAGAUUGGACGGCGCAAUGCUCGUCGUCGUGCAAGUGCAGAUGGGUUUCCGGGAAGAAGACCGCCGAAUGCAACAAGCAGAAUCUCACGCAAAUACCAGGCAGCCUAUCGUCCGAGAUUCAGAAUUUCGAUCUAUCCGGGAACCGUAUCUCGCACCUGAUGCACGACGCGUUCAGCCGCGUGUCCCUGGUGAACCUGCACAAGCUGGUGCUAAGAAAAUGCGAGAUCGAGUCGAUCCACACGGACGCGUUCAACGGGCUGAAGAUCGUCAUCGAGAUCGAUCUGUCGGCGAACAACAUCAGAACCCUGUAUCCAGGUACGUUCGAGGAGACGCAACGUCUGAGGGUGCUGUUGCUGAACGACAACAAGCUGAAGGUGCUGGAGAACGGGCUGUUUCGCGAUCUCGUCUACCUGCAGAAGGUGAUGUUGUCCAACAACAAGUUGGAACAAAUCGAAGAGAAGACGUUUCGAAACCUGCCAGGAUUGCAACUGGUAACCCUGAACGGGAAUAAUCUGAGCACGUUGAAGAUGCUGACCUUCGACUCGCUGCCGAAACUGGGCAGCUUAGAGCUACACAAUAAUCCCUGGAACUGCAACUGUCGUCUCAAGAGAUUUCGCGAUUGGACGAUCGAGCGUAAACUGUACACGAAGCCCACCACGUGUCAGCAGCCGGCCAACCUGGCUGGCAAAAUGUGGGACGAGAUCAGCAGCGACGAGUUCGCCUGUAGGCCGGAGAUAUUCACCAUUGGCCCGUCCGUGAAGAUCGAAGUCGGCAAGGGGAACGUGACGAUCUGGUGCAGGGCCUCUGGGAUCCCGCGGCCGCAGCUGUUCUGGAUCCACCGGUCGAGGGUCCUGGAGAACCAAACGAGACGGCACAACGGGGAGAAGGGUUACAUCCUGAAGUCGAGCCACGACUGGCUGAACCUCACGAUCCCCGACGUCACGCCCUCCGACAAGGGCGAUUACGUCUGUCUGGCGAAAAGUCCAGGUGGAAAUACCGAGAAAAACGUGAGCUUGGCCGUAGCCGGGGACGCUAUAGGCGGCAGGGACAAUAUAAUCAGUCUGCCUCUGGCCAUCGGUUUGGGGUUCACGGCGUUGCUAUUGCUGAUAGUGACCGUGUCGCUAUGCGUGUGCUAUUGUCGUCGUCGACGGGUCAGGCACGACGAGAAGAGCCUGGAAGCGGCGUCGAUGGAACAUCACGGACUGGGCGAGCAGGAGAAGUCGCUGAUCACGACCAUAAAUCCCGUGGUGAAGCCGCCGAGACGCUACGAGGCGCCGUCCGUGACGUCCCACGGCACCGAGAUGACGGAGCUGAACCGUACGUUGCUCGACAACGACUCGGUCUUUGCUGAUGGUAUCGGUGGCGGUGUCGGCGGCGGAGUGAUCGGAGGCGUCGGCGACGACGAGAGGGAAGAACGAGCUACCCCGGAACUCGAGAGCGGUACCGGGACGCUGUGUCGCGGGGGAGGCGGCAGCUACCGUCAGUAUCCUCCGGAUCUACUGGCCUUCUCCGGCGGUCGUGGCGCAUCGCCGACCAGCCAGGCAUCCACGGCGCCCGACAACACGCGUCUUCCGAGUCAGCACGCGACGCCGACCACGGCCGCGUUCGGUUCACCCUCGAACCAAUAUCCCGCCGCAUUCAAGACCUUGCCCCACAAUCGUAGCGUGACACCCUACGGGAUCGCUAGCUCGACGAUCGCGCCGGUGAUGCCCCGUCACGGAUACGUCACGAUACCACGAAGACCCAGGGCGCCCAGCUGGAGCAGCGGCCCACCCACGUCGCCCACGGACGGAUUGGAACCAGUCUACGACAAUUUGGGGCUGCGUACCACCGCGGACGGCAGCUCGGUGCUUUCGUUGAACAAAAGUCCCGAACCGUUGUCCUCGAUCAGGAGUCGACCUUUACCGGGAACGCCUAGCUCUCACUACGGCACGAUACAACGAAGCACCCCGAACAUACUGACCAGCAGUCCGUUGGACAGAGCUGCCCCCGAGGGGGCGGCCGAGUGGCCCACCAAGGUCGCCGACGAGUCGACGGACAGCAAUCACGCGGCGGCGACAGCUGCGGGCCAGCAACAGCAAUCGGGCAGCAACACCCUUGGGAGGAAAGUGCCGCCCAGGCCUCCCCCAAAGCCCAAGAAGAAGUCCACCAACGGUCCGUUGUACGAGGACGAGGGCGAGGAUGGCACGGAGGUAUGAUCGACCCGCGUCGCUCGACGAACUUGAGGCCGCCAGGUCGCAGCCGCGCCGAAGGGAAGAGACGCAUGACCGCAGUCACAAUAAACCGGUAGUGCCUUUCAAGAUGAGACAACCCGCGUUCGCGGGUCGAUGUUUGGUUCGAGCGCGUUUGUUCGACAUGUCGAAAGUGCUGACAAACGAGAAGGGGGCUCCUACAUCCGGUGAGGCGAAGUUUGGGCGAACCGCUGACUCGCUGGCCAGACAGCUAAACUUUUCGGACGCCUUCGCCGGUCAUUCGUUCCUUUCGUCCCCGUUUAUUCGCCUUCUACUUCUUUUUUUAUAAUUUAUUUCUAACACGCGCUGUGCCGCGGACAUCGAACGUUUCGCGGGGAACUCGAUCGUCCGGUGGACGUUACGAGUAUAUUGUGCUGUAUUUUUUUUUUUUUUUUUUACCGAUAAUCGAAGAAUUCGACGCGAGUCGUGCCCGUCGACGAGAUCGUACAGAAACGCUAGUAUUAAGGAUCGCGUCCCGCCGAGGAUGUUCGUCUUAUUUAUUGACGUGCUUGUCGCAUGCCUAACGAAGAUCACGUCGAAGCAACGAAGGACACUGUGGAAACAAAUAAUGUUUUAUACGAUCUGCUCGUAAAGCUGGGGCGUGAUCGGGUACCUUGUAAUCUUAUUUUCUACUUUUAGUUGAACUUUUACGCCCGUCGGUGUAUAUUAGGCGGGAAUAAUUUUUAUCGCGACUGCUUGAAGUUUAUCGGUCUUUUAUCCUCCGUGUCCUUGUAGAGAGCGACGCUUUAGUUUUUUUUUUUUACCGUUAAUUUUACCGUUAGGUCGUCUUCUCUUUACUGUUUAACCUAAUCGUGCAUCGCGCUGGUACUUGACCGCGUCGAACGAGCAAUCGUUGUAACGACAUUGUAAAUCGGGAUUAACGAUCGAGCCACGGCACUCGUGGUUCGGUACGUAAGAGCAAACGUUAUCGAUAACGGCGAUGUUAGAGUAAUUAUUACUUGUAAGUCGUAUUCGUUUUUAAUAGAAAAUGGCGCGGUCGCUUCAGCGCGACUUUCGUUAGGUCGUGGAAGCACGCGCCAUCGGUCGGACGUGGAAACACGUUUCAAGGGUUUCGAAGAUCACGAUGGCGCUCCAUUUUCUGGUGACUAGUACACAGCUGACAUUACACCGUGACCAAAUGUAUUUUACCGCGUACUAUCUCGUCCCUGGAACAGGCAGGGACUACGUAUUCGCUCGGAAAUAUUUUAAGAUUCGCGCGUCAUCUCGUUUCUACGAAACGAGACCUCGACGCGCGUUUGGUCGAACCGCCGAGUUUGUUGUAAAAAAAAGCAUGUCGUACAGUUUGUACAUACUGUGUAUUAUAUCUAAAAGAUAGUUUGACUUCUGAUAACUCGAUCGGAUUGGUCUUUUACGAAACCAUGCGCGCUAAUGGUUUCAUAGUGAAUAAUGCAGGAACGCGGAAGCGUGGUAACGAAACGAGACGAAUCCAAGUCCGUGCUAGAGACGCAAAGAUGCGAACGAACAGCUGGUCCGUUUAUAGUAACGAGGACGUCAUUGUAUACGUAACGUUUAGGUAGAAUUUCAUCGCGAUUUUAACGCGUAAUGCGAACCACGUGUAGACGAAUCGAGUUCGAGUGACUCGUACAUUCAAACGGAUCGAUGCUGCGCAUUUAAAAUGCGUCAUUGUUGAUCGUUUUAAUUUAAUCCUCGCGGAAUAGUUUUCGAAGCAAAUUUCUAAAGUUUCGAUUACGUAUAUUCUACACUUGGAUAUUGUUGUCUCACAUAAGGGUUUUUGUAGCGCCAUUGGAUGAUCGAUCACGCGCAGUGAUUAAAAUUCUUUUUUAUCGGAAAGCAAACAUGUUCGAUCGACGCAAUUCCGCCAAGUAGACACCAACUAUGGAAAGAUUAUGCUUAACUGGGAUUUAGGGAUCGAUUGUGUACAACUUGUUGCGGACGGUAUCCUUGCCAUGGAACAUGAUUUUGAACCAAUUACGUUAGAUUUUCCAAAUAUACACUUAUCUCUAAAUUUAUCGCGUACGUUUAUGGCCAUAUUACUGCGAUAUUUUCAAAAUUUCACUCGAUACAGAUCAAUUGCAUAUACAGUGUAUCUUUGCAAAAGAGAUUUUUUGUUAGUGCAACGUCACGAAAUUAUAAAUGACCAAUAUUUACGUUCAAACGAUACGCUUCGAUCCUUUCAUUCGAGUGUUUCGUUCAAGAUAACUUUACGAGAACUCCUUGGAACACUUGGAACAAAGCUACGCACUUUGUUCGAAUAAAAGAACGUCCCACUUAAAGAAACGCAUUACACAUCGCACGUGUGUCGAUGCACUUACGAAGACAUUAAGCUCGUUAGGAGGUACACUGUUCGACGCUUUCCACCGCAACUAAUUAACCGGGAGACACGAAUCCUUUCACUGGGUUGCUCACCCUGACCAGGCUCUUGUUCGAGAAAAAAUAUCCUACUUUCCUAAACUAAAGACUCGCCAGCGACGAUACCGAUCGAACCAAGUAGAUUCGAUGACGACGAGAUAUCUUCCCCGACGAUCGCAACGCACCUAACAGUAUUACGAAAGAAACUCGAGGACGAUGACGCGGUGCUGGUGAGAGGACGCGGAGAGAAUCGCGACGAAAUCGUGCAACUUCGUUUCCUCGUUGUAGAUUCGAUAUUCUAACGUGAUUGAAAACGAGGAGUUAAAAAGUAGAAAACAAGAACAGCAUUCAGGAUCGAUUGGAUCCGCGAAACAGGUGCCAAUCGGCAGCCUUCUUCUUCCUCUCGUUUCCAAAGAAGGAUCAAGGCCUCCCACGGGGGAAGAACGCCGCGGUUCCGAUCAAAAGGGGUUGGAAUAGAGGCUGCACGACCGAGGAUCGUCGCGAAUUAUUUUAAGCGGCCUAUCAGAGUCGCGGCUCGUCCGAUCCAAUCGUUGUGCCGCGCCCUGUAAAUACACGGACCUAAUUGCACGCUGAUUCACGACGUUGUUUAUAUGUAAAUUGCGGCCACGUUUAAAGAGCAGCGCGGCACGACCGUUUGGUACGGCGCCACGAGUAUAUUUUUGUAAUUUUGUAUUUUGACGGAUUCUCCGGCAACGUCCAGUCCCACGGCAGCCGCGCGGGGAAGACAGACUCGUCCUCGUACCGCGGGAUCAACGACACCGAAACCUCCCCGGUACAAUACAACAGUAAAACAUAAUUGAUCGUUAGAAUUAGCUACGACGCUUCUUAACUCGGUGCCUCGUCUGGCUGCGCCCACGUCCCUGAUUUCUCGAUCCGCGUUAUCAAUCAGAUUUACAUUCGUUUAUCCUACAAGAAUCAUCUCAAUCCUCAACGAUACUUUCUGCCAUAGAAAAUGACUUACAUUCUAUCCUGCGUUCGUUCACAAAAGGUAUACAAGGAAAUCGGACAACAUUGGCGUAACGAAACUGUUAAUUGGCAAUGCAAACGGUAGAAUUUUGUUCUAUUUGAAUACGGUGCGAGAGGAAGGUUGCAUCCUCGCCGCGUCGACGCAGCCCGUCCAUUCCGGUGCUCUGUUUCUCGUGUCACGCGUUUCAAGUUAAUGAUAACGGGGCAAGUACAGGUGAAAAUAGAAUGCGCGCUAGCCAGCAAUUACAGCGGGGAUGGUGGUCAAUCCGCGUGUCCUAUGUACUAUUAGCCGAAGCGUGUUUACCAGGAUUCGCGCACGACGGGCCAACAGUCAACGUGCAAUUAUUAUCGCGAGAUACUUCGUAUGCGCGCGGUUAGGCUGUUCGUCGCUUUAAUGAGACACUCCCUUUGACAUCACCGAACGCCUGCAAUAACACAGUUUGCGCUCAUCCACGCUCCGAAGACGCGUCUGCGGCAUCAGACGAUCGUUCGCAAUCGAUAGACGCAGCACGAGUCGAGUUCCGGUUCUCCGUUUUGGCUGAUCGCGCAUUUAGCUCUUGGCGACCCAAGGCGGCGCAAUAUUUCCCAAAGGAUAUCAAAAAAAUUGAUCUGAAACACAUCAUGCUCGACGACACAGUUUAAAAGAAGAUUUUUAAUAUUUUUUUUUGGUUAAUCUGUCACCGGAAAUUACCCAAAUGCCCCAUAAAUUUUCGAAAACUUAGAAUACCUCUUGGCUGAUUGUGCCACCCCUGAGUCACCCUAUAUAGCAUUACCGUCGGUUUUCUAUCGACUCUGCGUAUCUACCUGUCGGGCGUAUAUCUGCUUGAAGUCGUUACGACGGAAGUGAAACGGUCGGAAGGGACACACGGGUGAUGAAGGCGAGCGAAACUUGUGUAAUUGCGAGUGUCGGUGAGUCCACAUUGGACACGUCUCGCUUAGUAUUUUUAAUGAGGCACACGCGACCGUCUGUGCCCCGAGAUUUCUCGCUCGAACGGAACGAAAGAUUGAAGGGAAAAUGGUCGCGAUUCGCGUUGAAAGGACGAGGAAGAGCGGUUCACGGCGUCGACGAGAACGUUAAUAGCCAGCGACGCUGAAAGGAUGGUGUUGUUGUGGCAGGACUUGUUAACGGUUUCUAGGUGAAUUGUGGAAUUAUUAGAUAUCGAUGAAACCGAACGAAAUAACCGCCGUUUCGUACUGUUACCGCCAAUUAUGGUGGUCUUACGGGCACAAUUAACGAGCUCGUUUAAUUGUAGAAUAAGUUGGUUCACGGUGAAGAUAUUGGGCAAUUGUCUUCGGUGUUGUAAAAUUGAAAUCCUGACUUGUUCGAUGACUGUGCCGGUGAGACCGGGAUACGGAAUGGGAAUACUAACGCGAACGAAAAUUGGAAAAGCGUUUUCGUGCACAGAAAACGGAAGCGCAUAUUUUUUAAAUGAAACGGAAAAUUCGAACGUGAUUUCUCCACGGGCACAAUUGUAAAAUCGUCGAUCACGCGAAACACGUUGAUAGAUAUGCAAAGUGGGACGCGUAACACUGGCGGCGCUUCGAUAACUCCGUAAAUAUUGAUUUUAACAAAAAUUGGUUCCGACGAAUAUUGCAUGGCUCGUAGGGAGUAUUAUGUAUUCAUGUAACGAACUCAGGGGUUAUUAAAUGGAAAACAAUUUUUUCCUGUUACAGGAGCGACAAAUUGAUAUUCGAAGUGUAUUCGAUUUAUUCUUUAUUGAAAUCAAAAGGCAAUCAUUUUUAUAGUUUUAAACUUGUGCUAGUAUUUUUUCCAUUUUUUCGAAAAUGGCUGAAGUGUCGUAUGCAUCUACAUUUGCAUAGACACCGACGGUUAAACCUUGUUUUAUGUUUGAAAACUUUUAUCAGACAAAAAUACGAAAAGAAUAUUUUAAGAAGCGUUACGUUUAUUUGUAUAUAAUUUUAACGAUUAUAGUUUUUGUAACACAAUUUACGAUAUGUCCAAACGUGUACUAAAUCUUUUUUGAAUGAUGAGAAAUAAAUUUUUAUUUGUGAUUAAACAUCGUUUGAAAGUAACGAAACAACAUUAAACUUACUAAAAUGACUAUGUUUUCGACGUAAGAAUAUGUAGGUCAAUAUUCGUGGAAUUAUCUAAAGCAUUCCAGCUAGAUGCGCGACCGUAUAGAUUCGAAUUAAAAAAAUUGAGCCAGAGAAUGAUCAAUAACUCUACUGCUGCCAGAGGGAGACACGCGCUGAUACAGAAUUCGUUAUCAAAUCGUUUAAUGAACGGUGUACUUAAAAGUUGCAUUAUUCUUUCGUCCAUCCUAGUUUCAGGACACCAUAGGAACACGAUAAUCGUCGUUCUCUCCGAGCUCGAAAGCUCAAAUUGUAUUUCGAUCGACAGUCAUAGAUAACAUUCCUAGUUCUGACACUGAGAUAUUGGCGUGAAGUUCUUGACUGCAUCUGCGAGCGUGCAGAUGAAAGUACCGUCCAAUACAUCGAUCCGACCACAACCAUCUGGACGUUACGCGUGCAUAAUCAAUCGAAUUUAACGAAGAACCGGGACGCCUCGGAACACGACGUUCCACGAAGAUUCCAAUCAUCAUUUUACGAUCUCUUUACGACGCAUUUUAUCCGCUAGGGAAUACAUCGUAGCACUUCAAUUCGCGAUAAUCGAUACUACGACUGAUAAACAGUCGCUUCUUUGAUUUUGGAUUACGUACUUUAUCGAGAAGCUACCGCAAUAAAAGACAAAAAUGACAAAAAAAAAAAACACGUUUCGAGUCAUGCUGAACACAUUCCAGGAAAAACGAUGGCGAUCUUCGCGUGGUUUCCGUUUCUAAGUGCAUUUUUGUAAUAAGUUCUCACUGGUUCAUUCGUGCAUUGUACAUCGUAAUACCCGAACUUCAUAAUUAACCGAUUAAUUCUCGGAAAUGAGAAUCAAGGAGACCAAAAUCGCAAGGAUGAAGCCGGAAACCGAUUUAUAUUAAACGUCUGUAAUAAUUAAGCAUCGCAACCUGGGAGGGGGGCAGAGGCUAAUGAAUGUUUAAAAAUUUGAUUUCCGAGCAUUAACCAUGUAUUACUAACGACGUUAUUAUUUAAAUAGAAUUAAGCGUAAUGCGUGCAUCGGUUUAAACGUCGUACCUUUGCGUACCAAGUCGCGCGAAACUCGUAUGUACAAUCUCGACAUAUUGUUUAACCCCUUGAGGUACCGUGGUACUACAUUAUCCCAUUAAAUUUUUACAAAUAUUUCUCUUUAAAAAAUUAUGUUGAGUUCAAUGAUCGAUAAUCGGCAUAAAUUGACGCAUCAAAGGGGUUAAUCGCGUCGAAUCGUAGCCGCUUCUUCGAAGACUGACAUUUUUCGAGACCGAGACGAUGUAACUUUCGUUUAGGAGUAAUUGAUUUAAAGGAAUUGCGUUGGUAAUAAAGAAAACAUACGAAUGAAACGAGUAACCGUCGAGAGACUUUCCUAAUUGAUCUCUGCGAAACGCGAUCGAGCGAUCAAUUCGCAUAUAACCGCGCGCAAGGGGUCAACACGUACGUGUCUCCAGGACGCUAAAUUUGUCGCGAAGCGUUACCAACGAUACGAUAGUUGAUCGAUGUAAACGGUAGCUCGGAUAAAUCUAUAAAAUGUGCUUUCUCGAACGAUCGCUCGAAUCGUGUCCUAAUCGUCGUUGAAACUGCCUAAUUCAUUCCAUUGCCGAGUCUGUAAAAUGAUACAGAAGGACUUUCUCACCACUUUCCGCGUGUGUACUAACCGUAUAUAAUAGUACUGUGCAGAAACGCGAAGCGUGUUCCUGACGAAGUGUUGUUAGACGGACAGUGUAGGACGUGUGUUUCUGUGGAUCAGGCCGCGUCCAAGUUUCUCGUACUUGAUGAAUGUGUGUAGACGUUAUGGGGCUGAGUCAUGAAUAAACGACGUUUCAUUACCAUAUUUUCGUAUCUCGUACAGCGCUCCGUUGUACAGGAUAAGAACGCUUCGAAGUGUUUUUAUCGUAAUAGGGAUUAUUAUAAAUGUAAAGGAACUAUGUUUGCGUGUCACGAUAUAGGCGUAAGGAACCUCUUUAGGGAAAGUAGCGUACAGAUUUUUUCUUUUAAUAGAUUCUAGAUGAUAUAGGAACG